ACGUGGCGACCGGUGCAGCCACUCACCGCCCCUGCCCGGUCACCUGGGCCUAGUGGCCCCGGCACACCCCCCACACACCCCGGGGCGCUCCUGCCCCCUGGGGUUUCUCGGAGCUCGGGCUCUUGCCCGCUCUGCAGACCCCAGAGUCGGGUCUCCACCCCUGCCCGUGUCCGCCCCCUGUCCUACGCCCUCCCUCCGGACCGUGAGGCCGGAGCCUCCUCCCUGCCCCCUCAGCUUGUCCGGGAGGGGAAGGGGGCGGGCAGCACAGGGGGUGUGACAGCUCCCGCCCGGACCAGUGCCAGCUGCAGCCUCGCUUCAGUGCCCCGUGCCAGCUGGCUCUUUCGUCUGGGACGGAGGUGGAGGCUCGGGCUCCUUGUCGCCGAGGGGGGAGGCCCCCCGCGGGCCCCCAGCCCUCCACCCACCCAAGAGGAGCCUCUCCUCCCAGCCGGCCUCUGGCUGCCCUGGCGGUGGGUCCAGCUAGGAACUGGCCCUGGUCACUGCGCCCGGGACUCAGAGCCCGCAGCCCUCCAGGAUCCCCCUAUCGGAGCCGACGGGGCUCGCUGGGGAGCCUCCCAGCCUUCUGCUAGAGCCUGCAGGGCUGGACGAGCUUGAGAAGGAUCAUGAAGGUGGGCUGGCCAGGUGAGAGCCGCUGGCAGGUGGGCCUGAUUGUGGAGGACAGCCCAGCUCUGGGAGCACCACAGGUGGGAAGCCUACCAGACGUGGUGCCCGAGGGGACGCUGCUCAACAUGGUGCUGAGGAGGAUGCACCUGCCCCGAAGCUGCUCCUACCGGCUGCUCCUGGAGCACCAGCGCCCCAGCCGAAUCCAGGGGCUUCGCUGGACACCACUCACCAACAGCGAGGAGUCCCUGGACUUCAGUGUGAGCCUGGAGCAGGCUUCCACAGAGCGGGUGCUCAGGGCGGGGAAGCAGCUGCAUCGACAUCUCCUGGCCACCUGCCAGAACCUCAUCCGAGACAGAAAGUACCACCUUAGGCUCUAUCGGCAAUGCUGCUCAGGCCGGGAGCUAGUGGAUGGGAUCUUGGCCCUGGGGCUUGGGGUGCAUUCACGGAGCCAAGCCGUGGGAAUCUGUCAAGUCCUGCUGGAUGAAGGUGCCCUCUGCCAUGUGAAACACGACUGGACCUUCCAGGACCGAGACACCCAGUUCUACCGUUUCCCGGGCCCAGAGCCGGAGCCCUCGGGAGUCCAUGAGCUGGAGGAGGAGUUGGUUGAGGCCAUGGCCCUGCUCUCCCAGCGGGGACCGGAUGCCCUGCUCACUGUGGCACUUCGAAAGCCCCCAGGGCAGCGCACAGACGAGGAGCUGGAGCUCAUCUUUGAGGAGCUGCUGCACAUCAAGGCUGUGGCCCACCUCUCCAACUCGGUGAAGCGGGAAUUAGCAGCAGUUCUGCUCUUUGAACCCCACAGCAAGGCGGGGACUGUGUUGUUCAGCCAGGGGGACAAAGGCACCUCGUGGUACAUCAUCUGGAAGGGAUCCGUCAAUGUGGUGACCCACGGCAAGGGGCUGGUGACCACACUGCAUGAGGGAGAUGACUUCGGACAGCUGGCUCUGGUGAACGACGCACCCCGGGCAGCCACCAUCAUCCUGCGAGAAGACAACUGUCAUUUUCUCCGAGUGGACAAGCAGGACUUCAACCGUAUCAUCAAGGACGUGGAAGCAAAGACCAUGAGGCUGGAAGAGCACGGCAAAGUGGUGUUGGUGCUGGAGAGAACCUCUCAGGGUGCUGGCUCUUCUUGCCCCCCAACCCCAGGCAGGAACCGGUAUACGGUGAUGUCUGGCACCCCGGAGAAGAUCCUAGAACUGCUGUUGGAGGCCAUGAGGCCUGAUUCCAGUGCUCAUGAUCCAACAGAGACGUUCCUCAGUGACUUCCUCCUGACCCACAGAGUCUUCAUGCCCAGCACCCAGCUCUGCGCUGCCCUCCUGCACCACUUCCACGCGGAGCCCGCGGGAGGCAGUGAGCAGGAGCGCAACAUCUACAUCUGCAACAAGAGACAGCAGAUCCUGCGGCUGGUCAGCCAGUGGGUGGCCCUGUAUGGCCCCAUGCUCCACACCGACCCCGUGGCCAGCAGCUUUCUCCAGAAACUCUCAGACCUGGUGAGCAAGGAUGCCCGGCUUAGCAACCUGCUGCGGGAGCACUGGCCGGAGAGGCGGCGGCACCACCGGAUGGAAAAUGGCAGUGGGAGCGCAUCUCCUCAGAUAAAGGCCCGGAACAUGUCUGUUUGGCUCCCCGGCCCGGACGAGUCCCUCCCCAGCAGCAACUGUGCCAUCCGAGUUGGAGACAAAGUCCCCUAUGACAUCUGCCGGCCAGACCACUCGGUGCUGACCCUGCAGCUGCCUGUGACGGCUUCAGUGAGGGAGGUGAUGGCAGCGUUGGCCCAGGAGGACGGCUGGACCAAGGGGCAGGUGCUGGUGAAGGUCAACUCUGCAGGCGAUGCUAUUGGCCUGCAGCCAGAUGCCCGUGGUGUGGCCACAUCCCUGGGGCUCAACGAGCGGCUCUUUGUUGUCAACCCAGAGGAAGUGCAUGAGCUGACCCCACACCCUGAGCAGCUGGGGCCCACGGUGGGUUCUGCUGAGGGGCUGGACCUGGUGAGCGCCAAGGACCUGGCCGUCCAGCUGACGGACCACGACUGGAACCUCUUCAACAGCAUCCACCAGGUAGAGCUGAUCCACUAUGUGCUGGGCCCCCAGCACCUGCGGGAAGUCACCACCGCCAACCUGGAGCGCUUCAUGCGCCGCUUCAAUGAGCUGCAGUACUGGGUGGCCACGGAGCUGUGUCUCUGCCCCGUGCCCGGCCCGAGGGCCCAGCUGCUCAGGAAGUUCAUUAAGUUGGCAGCCCACCUCAAGGAACAAAAGAACCUCAACUCCUUCUUUGCCGUCAUGUUUGGCCUCAGCAACUCGGCCAUCAGCCGCCUGGCUCACACCUGGGAGCGGCUGCUCCACAAAGUCCGGAAGCUGUACUCGGCUCUUGAGAGGCUGCUGGACCCCUCAUGGAACCACCGAGUAUAUCGACUGGCCCUCACCAAGCUCUCUCCUCCUGUCAUCCCCUUCAUGCCCCUCCUUCUCAAAGACAUGACCUUUAUCCAUGAGGGAAACCACACCCUGGUGGAGAAUCUCAUCAACUUUGAGAAGAUGAGAAUGAUGGCCAGAGCCGUGCGGAUGCUGCACCACUGCCGAAGCCAUAGCAACGUGCCUCUCUCACCACUCAGAAGCCGCGUCUCCCACCUCCAUGAGGACAUCCAGGCAGCGAGGGUUUCCACGUGCUCGGAGCAGUCCCUGAGCACCCGGAGUCCAGCCAGCACCUGGGCUUAUGUCCAGCAGCUGAAGGUCAUCGACAACCAGCGGGAACUGUCCCGCCUCUCCCGGGAGCUGGAGCCUUGACGAGGGGGCUGGGGCUGGAGCAGCAGGCACUUCCCGCCUGGAAAGCCAGGGCACGCCUGGGCCCAGGGGCCCACAGGCCGGCCGCAGCUGGGCAGGGCUCUCCGAGGAAUGGACUUGAGGCCCUGGAUCGGGCAGCGUGGAGGCAUCUGUCCCCUGUGAUGAUUGUCGGCCGCAGAGGACCUCAGAGUGGAAUGAGCGGAGGCCCAAGCCAAGGAACAGGGGAUAGAGAGGCCAGAGUGGGUGGGAGAGCAGAGCAGGCGCUGGGACUCUGUGUUCAAUAGAGAGCUCUCCACACCAGGUUUUUUCCAGA